UUCGACUCCGACACCUCCACCUCUCUUCUGUUGUCCAACACGAUUUCUUUUACCAAACAUCAUGGCAAACCUCCCCAAUCUCCGACGCCUAUUCGUCGAGGCUAGAACAGAAGCCGAGGAGAACGAGCACUCCAGAACUGCCUUCUACAACCUUGUCCUUUUCAUCUCCUCCGUCGCCGUUUUCAGUUUGGUGGCUCAACGCAUGGGCGGGACAAAGUCGGGAAAAUGAGGCAAGAUGCGCCGACAGCUGGAAUUGCUAUAUAGAUGAUUCAAUACCUUCAACGUCAUUAC